GGGCCCCGCACUGCUGAGGAGCGGAGCCUCCGCCUGGGGAACCCCUAUCCUAGUCUGUCCCUCAACUGCGCGUCCCCGCCCCACCCCCCACGGCUGGGCCACCAGUGGUGCGGCGGUCUCCGCUUGGCGGAGGAGCCUUGAACCGCCACCUGCCGUGUUCCACAGCCUCUUUGCAUCUCGGAUUUCAGGGCGACCUCCCUCCCCCACCUUUCCCUGCCUCCUUGCACCCCGCUUUUUUCAGCAUUUCGUUCGGGUUUUGUAGCCGUCUGUUUUUACAUCGCUUUUCGUUUUGCUUCUAGGCGGUUUGCGGGGUGAAAGUGCAUUCGCACCCCUUCCCCUUGUCAUCCUCCCCUGCUGACAGUCCCCUUUUCAUCGCAGUCGGGGGGCCUCGGAUCGGUGCACCUCCGCCGUGCUGCCAGCACCCCGCAGCGCGUGGCCGUGCACCCCGGAAUUUACAGCACCUGCAUAUCUGAGGGGGGUCUCCCUCGCCCCCUCCGCCUUCGCUUCCCGCGCGUUCCAGCGCGUGGAGGGUUUCGGCGCGCGUCGCCCCCGCUUCUCUGCAGCCCCCCGCCCGGCGUCGGGACUCGCUCCGCGCGGCCAAGAUGGUCAUCCAGAAAGAGAAGAAGAGCUGCGGGCAGGUGGUUGAGGAGUGGAAGGAGUUCGUGUGGAACCCUAGGACACACCAGUUCAUGGGCCGCACUGGGACCAGCUGGGCCUUCAUCCUCCUCUUCUACCUUGUGUUCUAUGGCUUCCUCACAGCCAUGUUCACCCUCACCAUGUGGGUAAUGCUGCAGACUGUCUCUGACCAUACCCCCAAAUACCAGGACCGACUGGCCACACCGGGCUUGAUGAUUCGUCCUAAGACUGAGAACCUUGAUGUCAUUGUCAACAUCAGUGACACUGAAAGUUGGGAUCAGCAUGUUCAGAAGCUCAACAAGUUCUUGGAGCCUUACAACGACUCCAUCCAAGCCCAAAAGAAUGAUGUCUGCCGCCCUGGGCGCUAUUAUGAGCAGCCAGAUAACGGGGUCCUCAACUAUCCGAAACGUUCCUGCCAAUUCAACCGGACCCAACUGGGCAACUGCUCUGGCAUCGGGGACCCCACCCACUAUGGUUACAGCACUGGGCAGCCCUGUGUCUUCAUCAAGAUGAACCGGGUCAUCAACUUCUAUGCAGGCGCAAACCAGAGCAUGAAUGUUACCUGUGCUGGGAAGCGAAAUGAAGAUGCUGAGAAUCUUGGCCACUUUGUCAUGUUCCCUGCCAAUGGCAACAUCGACCUCAUGUACUUCCCCUACUAUGGCAAAAAGUUCCAUGUGAACUACACGCAGCCCCUGGUGGCCGUGAAGUUCCUGAAUGUGACCCCCAAUGUGGAGGUGAAUGUGGAAUGCCGCAUCAAUGCUGCCAACAUUGCCACGGAUGAUGAGCGAGACAAGUUUGCCGGCCGUGUGGCCUUCAAACUCCGCAUCAACAAAACCUGAGGCCCCUCUUCUUCCGCCCCCACCUCUCUCCUGUGGAUGCUUCUGGAAUGUCCCUGACCCUGCCUGAUCCCUCCCUCACCCCCCAAAGGUAUUUUUUAUAACAGAGCUAUGACUUGUCUAAGCCUCACCCCCUUUUCCUUGACUUUUCAACCCAACCCGAUGUCCACUGUGAUUCCCUGACUAUGCUAUACACAUUUUCCACCAUCUUCUGAGCCACCUACCUUAGCUCAGCCAGAGAUAGAUAGAUUGGCUACCAAGAUGACCAGAGAAGUUAGGAGUCUUUCUAGUUGUGAUUUAGUUGUGAACUCCCACUUCCGUUCUUAUUUCCUGAGAGCAUAGAAAAUGCCUACUAACCCGCUCCGGGCCCACAAACACAGAUGGCCUCAUUUCAGCCCUUUCGUUAAUGGAAAUGAACAUGGUACUCCUUUCUCCCAUUCCUAAGCUCCAGCUCUUUUACCCUUCUCUCUUGCAUUCCUUCCCCAUCUCUACAGUUGCCGACUUGGUAGUUUUGACUUUUCUGGUUCCUCCAGCAGGUCUUUCCCCUCCUCUUGCCUAUCCCUAUUCCCUCCAAUGAAAAGCAGCCAUUUGUAAUUAAGGACAAAUUGGUUCUGUGGCCUUUUCCCUCUUUCCUGGCACAUCCUGCUUUAACUCCUAUGGUGACUCCAUGAGCCAGCAAAUGAGAAACUGAGAGAGAAGUCCAUGUUGAUUCUUCUAGAGAAUUCUGUAGUGGUCCCUGACUCCAAUUCCUUCCUGGUCCCUCCUGUCAUCUACAUAGUCACUACUCAGAGAAGCAGGCUUGACCUAGGCUGAAUAUUCACUUUGUUUUUACGGAUAGCUCCCUUCCCCCAUUCGCCUUCCCAGAAUAUCCUUCAAGUUCUACUUCCCAGGGAGCUCUGGGGGAGGGGCAGCCAUCUUGGCUCCAUCCCCAGUGGCCACCUUGGAAAUGUCAGCUGGCUGGGGGACUAGUCCACCUCUUUCCCCUGAGCCUAGAGCUGCCCGCACCAUCCUCUCUCUGGCUUCUCCUAAAAAGUUAUGGGCUGACCACAAGCUCAGUCCCCUUCCUCUGCAUGCCAGCCUGUAGUUUCAAAUACUCUCCUCUCUGAGUUUCUUGGCUCCAUCUCCUUCAGACCUGUUUGCCUUCUUAAAAAAAAAACCCAUAAUGCCCAUAGAAUGUUAAAUGAGAGGCCUCCUGCUCUGAGUAUUCUUUAAAGAGGCAUUUUUAACUCUUUCUCCUCUGGUUUCCCUUCUCUUCCCCACCCUGUCUAACCUCCCUUUUCUUUAUUAAUGCUGCAGCCUCCACACUCCACCCUUCCCUUUUUCAUCUUGCUGGAUCUCUUUCUUCCUUUUGGGUCCCCACGUUUUCCUGCACCCUCUUCCUUCCCAAUGGUCUCUCUGCAGUUAUUUAAUGCCUGUGUCAGAUCUACUGUAAAGAGGAUAAAGUACAAUAAAAUAAGAGCAAUUAUAUAUAUAAAUAUAUAUCAUACACAGA